GGAGGAAGUGGAGGGCGGCACGAAGGGGACGCUGGUGGAGAUGAAACCAGGGGGACGAGGAGGAAGGGGGAGAGACGACCCAGGAGGAGGCGAAGGAGGAGGGAAAGGAAAAGGGAAGUUAGCCAUGAAGGAAGAUGCAUCUCAGGAGAAGUUUUCUAGUUCGUCUUCGUUUGAAACUUCAGUCAAGAGGAGCGCUGAGUUCCAAGGCACUGAAGGAACGAGACAAAACCAGCUUAGGGAGCAGCAGCAGCAGCAGCAGGCGGGGGUCCAGCGGGGUGGGCAGGGGAGGAGUCACCCCGCCCCCCGUGACUCCUGUGAUGGUGACCCCAAACCAGACGCCUGACCUGGCUCGAGAUGACCUCCGGGCUUACGCCUACGAGGGGGACGGGUCAUCCUCGGGCUCCUUGACCUCCACGAUAUCAGAGCUCAAGGUGGAGAUCAGCGCCCGGGAGGAAGGGGAGACGGGCAGCGGCAGACCCUCCGCCAUCCAGCUCAUUCCAGGGUUCCUCGAGGUGAUGGACUUGUUAAAGAACCUCCCUGAAGCCUCAAACAGACCCUCGCCUCUCCAGCAGCCGCGGAGGAGAGUCCCUGAGCCACCCAGAUCACCCCCUGUGCCUCCCCCGCCUCCGCCACCCUCAGGAGAAGCCAUAGCAGCCGCAGCCGCCGCCGCCGCCGCCGCCAGUAGCAUCGUGUCCCUAGAGCCUGGAGAAGUGAAGGCCAGGACGAGGAUAGCGCACUUGUCCCCCUCACGGCGCAAAGGAGGAGAGGAAGCGGUGGAAGGGGAGCUGUCCACAGUCUGCUGACGGAGGACCAGCUGGUGGUGGCUGUGGAGGUGGUGGUGGUGGUGGUGGUGGGCGGGCAGGUGGUCAGGGGUUGGUGUGUGUUGGCGUGUGCGAGUGUGUGGUGGUUGCUGGUUGGUUGGUGGCUGUUUGUUUGUGUGAUUGUGACUAUUCUUCUUCCUCUUCUUCUUGUUCUUGUUCUUUUUCUUCUUGCUGAUUCUCUCUCUCUCUCUCUCUCUCUCUCUCUCUCUCUCUCUCUCUCUCUCUCUCUCUCUCUCUCUCUCUCUCUCUCUCUCUCUCUCUCUCUCUCUCUCUCUCUCUCUCUCUCUCUCUCUCUCAAAAGUACACCCAAAUGCACACACACACACACACACACACACACACACACACACACACACACACACACACACACACACACACACACACACACACACAUACAUACACAUAUGCACGAGCGCAAGCACACACUGCCCCUCUCCACCUCGUUUUUUUGUCUGAUAUUUUAUACGUUUAUAGAAUAUCAAUAAUAAAUGUUGCAUCAUCA